AUGGGUCUAACAAUCUCGGCUCUCUUCCAUAGAUUAUUUGGGAAGAAAUCUAUGAGGAUUCUAAUGAUUGGACUUGAUGCAGCAGGGAAAACGACUAUACUUUACAAGCUUAAAUUAGGCGAAGUAGUCACAACUAUUCCAACUAUUGGAUUCAAUGUAGAAACAGUAGAGUACAAAAAUAUCAGUUUUACUGUAUGGGAUGUAGGUGGUCAAGAUAAAAUUCGACGCUUGUGGAGACAUUAUUUCCAGAAUACACAGGGUCUCAUAUUUGUGGUUGAUAGCAACGAUCGUGAUCGUAUUGGUGAAUCUGCUGAUGAGUUGAAUAAAAUGCUUUCAGAGGAUGAACUACGAGAUGUCGUUAUUCUAGUUCUUGCAAAUAAACAAGAUUUACCCAAUGCUAUGUCCACUGCAGAGGUUGCUGAAAAGUUACGUCUACGCGAAAUUCGAAAUAGAACUGUAAGUAAAUAAGUUGAAUAUUUCACUUCAUUCUAUGUUCCCACUUUAUUGACAUCCAAGAAUUUUGUAGUUUCAUUCACCGCACCAAGUGAUGUAGCUGAUUUUUGAUAGAUACUACAAGGUGUUAAUUAUACAAAUAAUUCUGAAACUUCUAUCUGAAGUUUGUCCUGAUGAUCUUGUUCAGGAGAACAAUCAAAGCUUCCCAACCAAAACAUCCAGCUCAGAAAAUGAAACAACACCACAAUUCCGAAACUGAUUUGUGGAAUAUGAGAUUAAAAGUUAAAAUCAUGUACUGUUUUAUUUUAGACAUGCAUGUAAACGAUUUUAAAAGUAGACAUUUUAAUGCCAGAUAAUGUAUUACAAACUCAUGUUAGCCUUAUUUCUGAUAAAUUUAUCAAAUGAAAAUUCACCUAAAUAUAUAGAACAUUUUUUUCAGAUUUAGCUUUUGAAAUAAAUUGUAAUGUACGG